AUGUCGGACGCGAAUGGCAGAUGGAUCUAUUCGGCCGUCAACCUCAACGACCCCGAACCACUUGCGAACAGGAAAGAAACCAUACUGGGCUGCGUGAUAACGUUUCUGAUCGUAUCGUGGAUAUGCGUGAGCCUACGCUUGUAUGUGCGGUUUAAGAUCGUGCGCGCCCCUGGUUGGGAUGAUUUAUUUGUUGGACUUUAUCUUAUAACAAUGACAGCUGGCUGUAUUUCGAUAUGUGUUGCUACGAACUACGGAUUAGGAAAGCAUGUACUUCUCCUGUCGGUGCCGACGAUCCAAGGUUUUCUCAAGGCAUUCUAUGUGCAGAAUGCGACGUAUUGCUCCUCGACAGCUUUCAUCAAGCUGGCACUACUUCUUCAAUACCUGCGAGUCUUUGAGCGCGGCACCACGAUUUACAAGAUUACAUUCGGUCUCGUGGUUUUCACAUCACUCUGGGGCUUCGCAUACUCGUUUAUUGCAUGGGUUCCUUGUGUGCCUGUAUCAACAUACUGGGAUAUGUCCAGCGACGGCAAGAACUGUUAUGGUUACGGAUCGCACUACCCGGCUUCCUUUGUUGGCACAUACGAAAGCCACACGGCCACGAACAUGAUCCUCGAUGCCAUCAUCUUGAUUGUUCCACUACCGCUACUCUUCAAAAACGGCGCCACAACUGCUGCCCGGGCCAGACUUAUCGCUUUACUCUCCAUGGGCUGCAUUGUCCUCGCCCUCGCGGCUUGGCGUCUACAAACCAUCGUUGAGACCCAGGUGGCCACCUACCCGACGCGGGACCCGACGUGGUAUGGACCCAUCAGCAUCCUGCUCGCAGCGCUGGAGAUCAACGCUGCCAGUAUAUGCGCCUCGGUGCCGAUAUUCUGGCCUGUCCUCUCCAGCGGCUGGAGCGGCAUCUUCGUGACCCAGGAAGUGAAGAUCACGCACGAGUCGCGUUAUAUCGACGAUGAGGAUCGCGACUCGCUUACCCGCAGUGGAUCGAUGCAUAGCCGCAACGGCAGCGAGUCGCAGAUCAGCAUCGUCGAGAGUGGUGGGGCUAGAGGGAACAAGGACGGUAAGAAGCAUUACCGAGAUUCUUUUAUCCUACGGCAGGUUGACCCUUUGCGGCUUAAAGAUGACCGCGAGCAGCCUAGUGCGAUACGAGGAGAUUCCAUUGGUGACGAGCCGAGAAAAUGGACAAAAUUUUAA